AGAAUUCCAUAUGACUCUAGGAAAAAUGGCGGCCCGCACACGGCUGCCCUUGCUGUUCCCUAAAAACUCGCCUUCUUUCAGAAGCAAACAGCCCGUCCACACUGAGGCUGCAGUCAAGGAGCCAGCGUAUCCCCCCAUUGUCGCCUCCCUCACGGCGAAAAGCAAAUCUGCCCGCCGGCGACAAGUUGAGGAACACAUAAAGAAGAUAUGCGCCUCUACACCAGAGGAGAAGCUCUCCCUCCUCACUCGUAUCCAGCGGAAGAAAUUUGUAAUUUACCCUCAGACUUUUUCACGAAAUGCAGACAGGUGGUACCAACACUUUACCAAGACUGCAUAUAUCCCGGGUCUGCCCGAGAAAUUUACAGCACUCCAGGGGGAGACCGUGGGGACGGAGAGUUCACCGGCAGCCGCGGGUCAGACCACUGCGCUGGGCUUUGGAGAUGAGUUCGCCGACAUCCGCUCCUUGGUGACUCGUGUGAUUUUGCAGGAGCACUGGUACAUGAACAAGCGCAAACCUUUCUUGUACAGAAAUCAGGAGCAGACGGUUGGGCCUGUGCUGAGAAACCUUGCGAGGGGUCUCACCUGUAGCCUGAUGAAACACAACCCCCUGUUCCUCCACUCCAGCCUGGAUAUUGAUCCUAAGGUGCACUUUUACUGGAGAAGAGGACAAAGUGUUAUCCCAAAAGGGCAUCGAAAAGGCAGGCAAGAGCCAACCAGGUUCCAGAUAGAUGAUCAACCAAACUCUCAGAUAAGGAUUCUUCAGCAGCUCCCACAGUUUGUACCAAUGGAGGCCUCUUAUACAGCUGAAGUCCCAGAGAUCACACUUGCUCCCAAUGUCCUGCCUCUAUUUAGAAGACAGUAUGACAACAAUAUAUUUACAGGUUCCAAGCUUCAAGACCCGAUGUGUUACGGUCACACCCAGUUCCACCUGGUACCAGACCGUUACCAUAGAGACCGGAUGGCCAGACAACAGCAGUCUGAUCAAGUGGAGAACUUCCUCCGAGCCAACGCACUUGCCAGCCUCUUUGCCUGGACCGGAGCUCAGGCUGUGUAUCAGGGUUUCUGGAACAACGAAGACCUCACCCGGCCCUUUGUCUCGCAGGCUGUGAUCUCUGAUGGAAAGUUCUUCUCCUUCUUCUGCUACCAGCUCAACACGCUGGCCCUCUCUGUGGAGGUUGACGCCAACAACCCCCGCAAAAACCUGAUGUGGGGCACAGAGAGCCUGCGACUGUAUGACAGCGUGCAAGACGGCGAGUUAGUGGGUCUGAACGAUGAGGUCAUAAAACUCCUGGUUCAGUUUUUGUUGAAUCAGCCAUAGAGUUCUUCAGGUUUUGUGCCAUCUGUUAUUGCCAUCAUUUCAUGGGAGAUUCCUUUGAGUCUGUAUUCUCCAGAUAAUUUACAGACACUAGAAAUAAAGAGACAGAGCUUUUGAUAAAGAGGCUUUAAGUAUGUAAUAUAUAGAAGCAGAUGGAUGUGUGUGUCUCUGUAAAAGUGAACAUAAAACAAAAAAAUGCUGUACACAUACGUAUAGUGCAGAUUGUAUUUAUGCCUAAAUAAAGUCAUGGUUUUCAAAAAUA